AUGGAUAUGGUGGGAGAAUUUCAUAAGGUGGAAAUCGAUGGCAAACCAUAUCUCUCAUACCUCAACGUUAUAAAACCACCACCACAAUCACGCAGCCAAAGAUCCUCUGAUAAAGCAGCCACUCAUGGUUCCAACGAUGACCAACCUCUUUUCUUUUGCCCUAGAUUUCGCACCCGAUCAUUACUGAAUGAUCUAGAUGAUUACUACCCUGAAAACUUUAGAAAAAAAGAAAGCCGUAAAGUGUUUUCCAAAUUCAAAAUCCCCCCUCUCUUUGAUGAGUACACAAGCAAUGGUCAUCAUAUACUCCCACUGUUUUGGUGCAACAAUAAGGAAGCUGGUCCAGAAGGUGAGUGCUAUGCUUGCAGAGUCCAGACAAUCGGCACAGACUACUAUUUCUGUGUGGAGUGUGAUAAAAGGUACCACAAAGAAUGCGUCGAGACUCCUCUUGAGAUAAGUUAUCCUUCCCACGUCAAACAUUCUCUCCAACUUUACUUCUCUAAAAACAGAUCUGACCAUUGCAUCUACUGUAGAAAAAGAGCAGCUUAUGCUGUUUAUUAUUGUGAACCAUGCGAUAUUUAUAUGCAUGUGCUUUGCGCUAAGGCUAUAAUACCUCUUUUUAUAGACCAACCGAAAAGACAUGACCAUACACUCACCCUUUUCCCUAGACAAGCUUCCUUAACUUGUAAUAUUUGUGGUUUGGUGAACAAACUUCAUCUCACUUACGUAUGUCGUUCUAUAUGCGAUUUCGUAGCCCAUAGGGAUUGUGUAUAUAUCCCACAAACCAUAAGAAUAUCUCGCCACAACCACCGUAUCUCUUUUAUCUCUUCCCUUCCAUUAGAAAGACGUUGGUCUUGUGGAGUAUGCCGCCGACAAGUUGACUGUGAUUAUGGUGCAUACACUUGCAACGUCUGUGUUGGCUACGCUGUUCACACAAGAUGUGCAUUGCGUAACGAUAUAUGGGAUGGUAUUGACCUCGAGGGUGUACCAGAAGUAGAAGAUGAUGUUGAACCGUUCGAGAAGAUAUCAGAUGGAAUCAUACUCCAUUUUUCUCAUGGCCAUCAUCUGAAAAUUGAUAGCCGUGGAGUUUAUGACGCAUGCAAGUUUUGUCAAGCGUGUUGUCUUCCAAUGUAUGGGGAUAACUUGUAUGCGUGUGUGGAGUGUAACUUCGUCCUACACGAAACAUGCGCAAAUGCUCCACGUAAGAAGCUCCAUCCGUUGCAUCCGUAUCCACUUAAACUAGUGACCACCCGUAAAGAAGGUAUAUUCACUUGCCGAGUGUGUACUCGCACAAGUAAUGGUUUCAUCUAUGAGUGUUCCGAAUGGGAAAUUUCAUUGGGAUACCUAGUAUGUGUACGGUGUGCCUUAGUUUCUGAGCCGUUUGAAUAUCAAGGCCAUCAACACCCUUUGUUCCUAUCUUUAGAUCCGAAAGAGAAGCCAAUGUGCCAUGUUUGCAAGUCAACGGGGGAUCAUAAAGUACUAAACUGCAUUGAAUGUGACUUUAUUAUAUGUUUCAAGUGCGCUACUUUGCCAUACAUGGUAAGGUAUAAGCACGAUGAACAUUACCUCACAUUUUGUCACGGGGACGAGGCAAGUGACUCAGAUUGGUGUGAGUUGUGCGAGGGAAAGUUAGCAAUUGGAAGGAACAGAGGAUUCUAUAAUUGCAACAGUUGCUGCACAACACUUCAUAUUGAUUGCCUACUUGGGAUAGAACCGUAUUUGAAGCCUGGUCCAAUUUUCUUAUCCAGAAGAAAUGGUGAGGUCGUUAAGAUGCAUGUUCUUCACAACAAUUCCCUUUCUCGACCGGUUUGUGCUAGAUGCAGCACCCGUUGUCCGUAUCCUAUGUUUUUGCGAGAUGACGAAAACGUGUUCUGUUUCUUUAUAUGUGACUAA